GCUUUUUGGCGCCAAAAUCUUGACAAUUGUGAAAAAACACCCGCCAAAACUCUCCAAAUCUAUACACAUCUCAACAAAUUGAUUUCGUUUCUCUCAUAUUCCGUUCAAUUUCUCAGCCCUAGAUCUCCUUCAAAAUCGACUUGCUCAGUUGAAGAAGAUAUGUAUGCUAAGAAGGCUUGCGAGUUGGUGAAAGAAUUUUCGAGCAGCGAACCUGGGCAGCUUGCUCCUUUCAAUACUAAUUUGUUUUCUCAAGUAAUUGAAGAAAGUAAUUUUCAUUUCCAUCAGCUCCAAUCCUUGCUGAGCAAAAUUCAAGAAGGGCCGGACAGCCAAACUAAAAAUGCAGACCACUUUGGGGCACUCAUCCAUCACCUUUCUUUAGUCCGCAACAAGCGCUGCCUUAUGGCUUAUGUACAUAAUCGAGCAGAAGUCAUUCGAAGCUUAGGCUGGAUGAUCGAGCCUCCACUUCCUGAAGAAAUUCAAGAGAAGCUCAGCAGUUCAGAGAAAGAGUAUUCCAAGAAUCAUUCUGCAACGAUUAAGUCAUAUCAAUCAGAAAUGGAUCUUGAUUUGGCUGUGGACAUGGUGCCACCUAAAGAUCCAUACAUCAAAGUGAGAGUCCUCGAUGAUAUUGGCAGUGUGGCACUCAGCGAUCAGAUAGCCAACCUAGCGCGCCAUGCCAUUCUCUUUCUUAGAAGAACUGAUGCUGAGACGUACAUCUCUCAGGGCUUGAUGGAGGAGCUUACAGAUUGAGCAAACUAGUAAAUCUCUUACAGCAUACAACAAUAUGACUUUCCAAACUAUGCGCAAGCCCAUCAAGCACAACCACUUGGCCAAUAUAGGAAGGACGAAAAUAGCAAAAUCUGGAAAAGCAAGCUGCACUUUUUUGCUUUAUGAUAAUCAUCCGAAUAAGGAACAAAAUUGUGUAUUUGUUGUUUCACGCAGGAGUGCAAGAGUGGGAUUUGUAUGAAGUUGCAACAUUGAAUUCUAUUGUAUGAUCCAUCACUCUGUUUUUGUUUAAUAAAUGGUUUUUGACAUUUGAUUAUUCAAAGAGAAUACACAUUGGACAUGGUAA